AUGCCCUCCGCCACAUCAGUACCAAACGCCAGCCCCGUUUCCGAGGCCUGGUGGAAGGAAGCCUCAGUCUACCAAAUUUACCCUUCUUCUUUCAAAGAUUCCAAUGGAGAUGGCGUCGGCGAUAUCCCCGGUGUGAUUGAGAAGCUUGACUACCUCAAGCAACUCGGUGUCGACAUCGUCUGGGUGUGCCCCAUCUACCCAUCUCCCAAGGUUGACAUGGGUUACGAUGUCGCCGACUAUUGUGAUAUUGAUCCACAGUAUGGAACCUUAGGGGAUGUGGAGAGGUUGAUUGAGGGUCUCCAUGAUAGGGGGAUGAAGUUCCUCAUGGACCUUGUCGUUAACCACACAUCAGAUCAGCACAAGUGGUUCCAAGAAUCAAAAUCAUCUCGAGACAACAACUACCGUGACUGGUACAUCUGGCGCAAGCCUAGAUACGACAAAGACGGCAAGAGACAACCUCCUAACAACUGGGGUUCAUUCUUUGGAGGUAGCGCCUGGGAAUACGAUGACGCAACCGACGAAUAUUAUCUCCAUCUGUUUGCCAAGGAACAGCCUGAUCUCAACUGGGAACACCCCCCUGUCCGCAAUGCCGUUCACGACAUUAUUCGGUUUUGGCUAGACAAGGGUGUCGAUGGAUUCCGCAAGACCCCCGGACUUCCAGACGCAGAGGUGACGAUCCCCUCGGCCAAGUACCAGAGCGGUGUCGAGCACUUUGCCUGCGGUCCGAGACUCCACGAAUAUCUACAAGACAUUGGGAAGAUCCUGAAGGAGUACAAUGCUUUUUCAGUUGGAGAGAUGCCCUCAGUUCAAGAUCCCAAGGAGGUUAUCAAGAGCGUUGGAGAGAGCCGAGGAGAGUUGAACAUGAUUUUCAACUUUGAGAUCGUGGAUAUGGACCACGGCGACCAAGGCAAAUUCUCCCCCAGAAAGUGGGCCAUGGCAGAUCUCAAGUCCAUCGUCGACAAGUGGCAGACCUUUAUGUACAAGAACCGCGGCUGGAACGCGUUGUACCUGGAGAACCACGACCAAGCGAGGACAAUCUCUCGCUGGGCAUCUGACAAACCCGAGUUUCGAACCCUUGCUGCCAAGAUGUUUGCCACGUUCCUCUGCUUCCAGAGCGGGACCGUCUUUGUCUAUCAGGGUCAGGAGCUGGGUAUGGCUAACAUGCCUGAGUCGUGGGAUAUCUCUGAGUAUCGGGACCUUGAGACCUUGAAUCACUGGGAAGAGCUCAAAGAGACGGUUGGACCGGAUUCCGCAGCUUUGGAUAUUGCCCGGAAGGAAUACCAGCUCAAGUCUCGUGAUCAUGCCAGACUCCCUGUCCAGUGGGAUUCGAGCCCAAAUGCCGGCUUCUCGACAGGCACCCCCUGGAUCAGGGUCAACGACGAUUACAAGACCUGCAACGCCGCAGCCCAGGUUUCCGCAGCGGGCAGCGUCUUUGAAUACUGGCGAUCGACUCUGGCUCUGCGCAAAGAACUGCGUGACAUCUUCGUGUACGGCGAUUUCGAACUCCUCGAUCCACAACACGAAGACGUCUUUGCCUACUCCCGAUCGAGGGGCGACCAGAAGGCGAUGGUUGUGUGUAACUUCAGGGAGACUCCUGUCACCUGGGCUGUGCCUGCGUCUGUGAACCUGUCGUCUGCCGAGGUCUUGCUGUCCAACUAUCCAGAGGUGGAUGUCACACGGGACAAGUUGGCUCUUCGCCCAUUCGAAGCUUUUGUUGUUUCAGUCAAGGCGGAAUAG